GAAGAGGCGGGACAUAGCGCACAUUAAAUGAAGCCGCAGCAAAGUGUGAGACGAUAGACUUGUAGACUGUAGGUGACCCGUAUCUACUUACUGCUCAGGAGAAGAAGGACUUCCGACGCCUCUUAAAAAUACAGACAUUAACAAGGAAUCACUCCAAAACAAACCGCUGACCAUUAUGGCUCUGGACGGAUGUGGCCUCCUCUGCAAAUACACCCUCCUCAUUUUCAACCUCAUCUUCGCGGUGGUAGGUUUUGCCUUCUUAGGCCUCGGUUUGUGGCUGAGAUUCAGCGACAACACCAGAGGCAUCUUUGAAAUAGAUGCCCUCAACUCGACUGCAUUUGUUACGGGUGUGACGGUGCUGAUAGCUAUGGGUGCAGUGAUGCUGAUUGUGGUGGCGUUUGGAGACUAUGGCGCCUGCAACGAGAAACGAUGCUCUCUGCAAGUGUUCGCUGUCCUUCUGGCCAUUCUGGCUGUUGCUGAAGUUGCCAUUGGAGUGCUUGCCUAUUCAAGGAGUGAUGAGGUUGGGCUGCAGAUUACGGAGUUCUACUCCAGCUUGUAUGCUCUGUAUUCGGCUAGUGGAGACCCAGCCCUUGGUAUCACUCUCACAUUCAUCCACAAAAUGCUUCACUGCUGCGGAGUGACAGGAGUCCCCAUAAUAGAGCUGGCUAAAAAUACCUGCCCCAAACCAGAUGGGAUCUUUGAGCACUUGGUCAUGCCUAACUGUCCUGGGAUCAUCCUGGAUGUGUUUAACAGCAAGGCACCACUGGUGAUGGGUAUCUUCAUUGGAACUGGAGCUCUUUUGUUCAUAGCUUUGAUUUGCAGCACAACCCUCUCUGCAAAGCUUCGUCAGUCCGCCUCAUCUGCUCAGUAUAUCAUCCUGACUCAAUCCCCUGCAAACCUGGCUACACCUCUGCCACUUCAACAUCAAUCUGUCUCCACUUUGUACCCCCAUCUUGACCAAGAUCCAGUCGUCUUCACCCCUUUCACUGUGGCAAACAUCCCGGUGGCUCAGGCUUAGUGCCCCGUCCUCACAGUUUUCACUCUCACUCUCAUCCUGUCUUUUUAUUCCACAAUGCCCUGGCUUAUAGAAUACAAAUGCAAGUUUUCAUCCAUUUAUUUUUUACCUCUACUGUUAACUCAGUUUUACUUAUCAAUUGCGAAGGCUACAAUCAUUUAAAGUAAAUCAACUUGUGAUGAGCUGAUGAGACAGGUUCAAGCACAGAAGGCACACCUUCAUCACCAGCUAACUCCUGGAGGGCUCCUCACAUCACAAAUGAGUUAAAGGCAGUUUACAAGGUUGAAUUCUUUUAGGUAUCUACUUGUUCCUCAUUCUCUUUCUCUGUCUACUUGUUCCUCAUUCUCUUUCUCCCUGUCUUGUUCUGCACUAGCAUCCUUCUUUCAGUGGCUGUGCACAAAUUGAUAGCAGGGAAAGGGAAGUGCAACCUCUCCUUUUCACGCUCUCUCAUUGUGUGGCUGUGGUUUAAUCCUGGAGGUGAUAAGAGGAGUAGCAAGAUGUUCACUGCACAGCUCUUUGUCCCAUCCCUGCCCUUUACUUCCCCUCCACCCUCUGUGUCUGCAUGACAGAUUAUUGCCCUGGUCUGCUCCAGUAUCCUCCUGCAAAAGCUCAAGAGAUCACAGGAGGAAAUCACUGCGUACUACAACAAAGUGUAUUAAGAAGAGGAUUCAAAUUUCAACCCUGCUAUCGUCUUCCUCCUCAACGAAGACCACUGCUGGAAUUUUGGCUCAACCAGCAAAUCAAGGUUUACAGAUUUUUCUCUGUACGUGAACUACUGAUUUUAGUAGUUUUACAAUUGAAAUAGAAAUAUGUUAAAAAUGCAUGAUUAUGUCCUAAAACAUUGCAUUGUUCUAAUAAUGACCCAUUGUGACUAAUUGAAAAAUAAUGUAUUUGUCAAGAGCUGUUGACAACUAUCAAUAUUUCAUUGUGCCUUAAAAAAAAUUAUGCAGGUGAAAUGGAUGUUGCUUAUAUUUAGCUAUUAUUCACCCAGCUAGAAACUGUCACAGCUGGACAGCAUUUGCACACUAGUCUAACAGGCCUCUGGAUCACUGUUACUGUACGAUAAGUUAUCGAGGACGAGAGCAACAUGUUCAUUUAAUUACGAAUGCAGCAGGAAGGAGAACAAGAGACUCCUUAUUUCUAUCAAAGCUCCAUAUUUCUGUUUCACAUUUCAGCAGUUAUUAGAAUAUGCAGUGUUUUUGAUCAUCAUGGUGGCAGCUUUGUAACAUGGUUACUAACGUUUUGUGCUUUUGUCUGUUGCUGCACGUGGAAAAGUUGCAUACACUGAGUGGUGUUUUGUGUGACCCCACAGCCACUGGUGAAGGUCUUUGUGUUCAAAUUAAUGCAUACAUGCAAAAGGGAACUUUUUUUUUU